UGUCUGCAGACCAGUCAUCUUCCCCAGGCCCCUCAACCCCCACUUUGUUCUGCUCAUCAUGUCUGAUAACCCAUCGUUCGUGCUCAAAGGCGUCCUGGAUGUUGAGAUUCAGCAAAAGCCCGUUCCAGAGAUUAACGCCAACGAGGUUCUCGUUGAAGUGAAGAAGACUGGAAUUUGCGGAUCAGAUGUGCACUUCCUUGUCCAUGGAAGGAUCGGUGAUUUUGUUGUAGAGAAGCCCAUGGUGCUCGGUCACGAGGCAGCAGGCGUGAUCUUCAAAGUUGGUUCCAGCGUGACCAAUGUCAAGGUGGGUGACCGAGUAGCGAUGGAGCCUGGUGCAACAUGUCGCAAGUGCGAAGCGUGUAAGGAGGGUCGCUACCAGCUUUGCCCCGACGUUGUAUUUGCUGCUACUCCUCCCACAGACGGCACUCUCGCUCGUUACUACCGACUCCCGUCUGAUCUCGCUUACCCACUUCCACCAAACCUCAGUCUUGAGGAUGGAGCGAUGAUGGAACCUCUUUCUGUGGCAGUCCAUGCCGUCUCGAAGCUCGGUGCUUUGCGGUCAAAUCAGUCCGUCGCCGUCUUCGGUUGUGGACCGGUUGGACUACUCUGUAUGGCCGUCGCGAAAGCUCUUGGCGCUUCUCGUGUCAUCGCUGUUGAUAUCGUUCCUAGCCGUCUCGAAUUUGCCAAAGCAUACGCUGCAACUGACGUUUUCCUCCCUCCUUCUAUGGAGAAGGAUGAGUCGAGAGUUGCAUUCUCGAUGCGCAAUGCCCAGGCGAUGAAGGAGAAGCUCGGAAUCGCCGAGCGCGGACCUCGGGCGAUUGACCUGGUUUUGGAUGCCUCUGGUGCAGAGGUCUCUAUUCAGACUGGUAUCCGGAUCGCCAAGAGGGGUGGUACCUUCGUCCAAGUUGGCAUGGGCAACCCCGAUAUCACCAUUGAUAUAUUUGCUGUCAUUUGCAAGGAGCUCGUCCUCAAGGGCUCCUUCCGAUACGGCCCCGGCGACUACCCUCUCGCCAUCGCCCUUGCUGCGUCGGGCAAGGUCGACGUCAGACCCCUUGUCUCGCACCGCUUCCCCUUCACGCAAGCACGUGAGGCGUUUGAAACUACCCGCAACGGUAAGAGCCCCGAUGGCAAGGGGGUCAUCAAGGCCAUCAUCUCGGGACCUGAUGUCGACAUCAAUGAGGCUUGAAAAACGUGAAGUAUUAAGAAAACAUAUCACGGACGUCAUUCAUGUAUUUCGAUUGUCAUUCUGUUAUUUGUAAUGGAUGCGUAUUUGUUGUUUUGAUGAUUUGCUUGGUCACGGUGAUCGUUAGUAGAUGCAAGACUUAAGGGCGGCUGCGUCAUGGGUAAGGGUAAAACG